AUGGAUGUGGAUGUGGAGGAGGGGCAGGAGGGGGAGGAGGGGGAGAAGGAGAAGGAGAAGGAGGAAGAGGAGGAGAAGGAGGAGAAGAAGGAGGAGGAGGAGGAGAAGGAGAAGGAGAAGAAGGAGGAGAAGGAGGAGGCGGAGGAGGAGGAGGAGGCAGAGGAGGAGGAGAAGGAGGAGAAAAAGAAGGAGGAGGAGGAAAAAAAGGAGAAAAGGGAGGAGGAGGAAGAGGAGGAGAAGGAAGAGAAGGAGGAGGAGGAGGAGGAGAAGGAGGAGGAGGAGGAGGAGGAGGAGGAGGAGAGGAGGAGGAGGUGGUGA